AAUACGUCAAUAUAUAUGUUAUUAGCAUAUUAACCCACGAAGCAAAUGGUACAUUCAAGUCUGGCUAUCAGGAACUGAAUUGGAAAACCAUAUGACAACGAGAGAAACACAAGAUGAGUGCAGGAGACUGGAACCCAGCUGCCAUACCUACGAGUUGUGAGGACGUCCAUGGAGAUUGUCGGUGGAUGUCUAUGCACAACCGUUUUGUGUCAGAGAGCAAAGGCAAAGAACCUGACGUCUUGUUUGUGGGAGACUCUCUGAUCCAACUUAUGCACGAGUUUGGGGUUUGGCGGAACCUCUUCUCUCCUCUACAUUCCCUAAACUUUGGGAUAGGCGGUGAUUCAACGCAACAUGUACUGUGGAGACUUGGCAAUGGAGAAUUGGAUUAUAUCAGUCCCAAGGUUGUGGUGCUGUGGGUAGGCAACAACAAUUACGGUCACACCUCUGAACAGAUCUGUGGAGGCAUUAUGGCUAUCGUCCAAAUCAUCAAGAACAAGCUCCCCAAUGCCCACACGCUUGUACUUGGUCUACUGCCCAGAGGUAAAAUGCCCAACCCUCUGCGAGAGAGAAAUGACAGCGUGAACAAACUGGUGAAGGAGGCUGUAUCAGCCCUCCCUCAUGCUUCUUUCCUCAACGUGGACCCUGGCUUUGUCCUCUCAGAUGGUAGCAUCUCCCAUCAGGACAUGUAUGAUUACCUUCACCUGACCCCUCGGGGCUACCAGUCUGUGUGCGAAACCCUGCAUGACCAUCUCAAAUCCAUGCUCGACAAGCCUGGUGAGAACUGAGCAGCAUGGACACGGUAACACUACUGCAGCGGUCUGGUCGUGUGUGUGUUGGUGGAGAGUGUCGCAUGGUUGGGGGAUGAUGGAUAACGGGAACACAAACCUUUCCGUCAGAAAAUGAAUGUGCUGUGCUGUAGAGAGCUGAAGCCCCAUUUUGUUCCACGUUAGUAACCCUGCGCUUUUGGAUUGUCACAGUAUUUUGAUAUUGAGAGUCCUUUAAACAGCCACAUUCAGCAACAACUGCUUUCAUGGUGCUUGAUUAUGUUAUCCAGGUCAUUUUGCUUUACUACAUGGACAGUUUUUCCAGCUUUUAAAAACAUUUAUACAAUUUCACUUAAAAUCAGUUUUCUGUCAAGCUGUUGGAAAAUUGAGACUUAUAAAAAAUAUAUCAAAUGUAAACAUAUUGCUUUCUUAUUUUCACUGAGUUUCAUUCAUGUGUUUGUAGCUUUGUCCCCUCUGAUCUGAGCUUGUGCUUUCAAAUGACCAUUGAGUUUUGUUUUAUAAACCAGCUGUAAGUUUACUGUUAUGUUAUACUUAUUAUUAUGUAACAUUUGGAUUUCAUUAUUGUCUUUGUACAUUUUGCUUCACCUAUUGCAUGAAUGUUUUCGCGAAAGGCAGUUUACUACAAUGAAUGGAUGUAUUUGUAACUCAGAACAUUUGAAGAUGACAGAAAGGCACGUGAAGCUCUUAAAAAAGGAUUAUGGUGUACAACAAUUUUGUGACAGCGGCUCAUUCUGUAAGUGAAAGAAGGAUAUAUUAAACAUGAAAACAUGA